UAUGUUGAUAAAUGCAUCAAUACGUGUCACUAAAGGAUUAAAAGCAUUCCCGAGGAAACCUCCCCCUCUCUCCCUCUCUCCCUCUCUCUCACACACACACACACACUUUCUGAUUUUCUCUCUCUAAAAAAUCUUGAACGGAAGCAGUGUAUCUGCUGGCUUGAAAAGGAAGCUCAAGAACAACUUGAGGAUAUCUUUUUUAACAUUUUUUAUAAUCGGUAAGCAGAUAGGGGCUUGUUUUGAUCUAAAUUUACAGUUUAAAACAAAAAAAAAAAAUAGAAAUUAGGACUCAAAAAGUUUAUAUUUUUAUUGGUCUUGAACCAGCCCUAGACUCUUAUAUAUAUAUAUAUCCAUAUUAUUAUAUGGAGUGAUGAGAAGAAAACCCAAAUUAUCUUGAUUGGCUGAGAAGGGUUGGGUUGCCUCAGAUCCAUGGAACCCAGAUUUCUUUUUGUGGAAAAUUUGAAAAAGUCUUCACCUUUUUAGGGUUUUAAUUUGUAAUUUGUUGUGGGUCUUGUUUUAUUUUACUGUUCUUGAUGUUUAUUGAAAGAUAGGUUUUGGGUUUUUGUUUUUGUUGGUUUUUGAAGAAUCUUGUAUUGUUUAGUAGAUUCUAAAGAGGCCCAAUUUGUUGUUUUCUUGAUAUUCAUAUGAAUGGAUCAUGAGAUCCGGUAGUUGUCGGUUGUCACCUCGGAUCUGUUGACCAAAUCUUGUUAUUGUUUUGUGAAAUAGUCAACCUUGGUCUCAAUUACACAAAGGGUUUCAGCCUAUAGGUGUUGUUGUUCUUCGGUUCUUCGGUUCUUGAUGAGUUGAUGGUUUGUGAUGCUAUGAUUAGUGAUCAAGAUUAAGGGGUUCAUGUAGAGGUUUGGGGGUUAUGUACUUAUGUUGAUGUGAUUGGAGAUAUUUGUGAUUUGAAAGAAAAAGUUGUUAGAUGGAAGAGAUGCGACCUACGGUUUCAGUUACGUUUAGUUUAACGAAUCCGAUCUCCGAAAACGCUGCUCUACAAAGUCAUGUGGAUUUCACUCAAAUGAAUCUGUUUUCCGAAACAACUGUUCUUCAUGGAAAUAGCAAGGGGAUGACCGGUAAGGGAAUUGUCGGUGACGAGAUUAUGAUUCAAGAAAGCGAUGCGGAUGAAACUAUGUCUGUUGAGGACGUGCCGAUUGAAAUCAACAGUGAGUUGUUAGCCAUGAAUGCAAAUUCGGGUGGUUUAAAGGCGUCUGUAAUGGCGGAAAUCAACAGUGAAUUGUUAGCCAUGAAUGCAAAUUCGGGUAGUUUAAAGGCGUCUGUAAUGGCUAUUGAGGGCAUAGAUAACGGUCAAAUAGUUGCAAAAGUUAUUAGUUUGGAAGCUACGACAAAUGAGCAUACUUUAAAAGCGUCGGUAAUGGCGAUUGCUGAUAAGCAACAUAGUAAAGUUGUAAAAAGUGUUUUUGAGUUGGAGUAUUUACCACUUUGGGGAUCUAAUUCGGUUUGUGGUAAAAGGCCAGAAAUGGAAGAUGCUGUAAUAGCGGUUCCUCAGUUUAUGAAAAUUCCGAUUAAGAUGCUUGUUGUCGAUCAUGCAGCGAAUCCAAAUCUCAGUGAUUUAACUGCUCAUUUUUUUGGUGUUUACGACGGACAUGGUGGAUCUCAGGUCGCCAAUUAUUGUCGAGAUCGUGUUCAUGUCGCUUUACAAGAGGAACUAAAAAUCAUGAAACAAGAAUUGGCGAAAGGAACGAUCAACGACAGUGUACAAAUCUGCUGGGAAAAAACCUUCACUAAUUGCUUUAAGAAGGUAGAUGAUGGGGUCAGCGGGACCGCAACGACUGAACCAGUGGCUCCCGAAACCGUAGGGUCCACGGCUGUGGUGGCGUUAAUCUGUUCAUCACAUAUUGUAGUUGCAAAUUGUGGCGAUUCUCGGGCUGUACUUUAUCGCGGCAAAGAAGCCAUACCUUUAUCAAAUGAUCAUAAACCAAACAGAGAAGAUGAAUAUGCGAGAAUUGAGGCAGCAGGGGGCAAGGUUAUACAGUGGCAAGGACACCGUGUUUUUGGUGUACUUGCGAUGUCAAGAUCUAUUGGUGAUAGGUAUUUAAAGCCAUCGAUAAUACCUGAACCAGAAGUUACAUUCACAGCCCGAGCCCGAGAAGACGAGUGCCUGAUAUUAGCAAGUGAUGGGUUAUGGGACGUAAUGUCAAACGAAGAAGCGUGUGAGGUCGCAAGAAAAAGAAUCCUAAUCUGGCAUAAGAAAAAUGGCGGUAAUGUAGUCGAACGAGAGCUUAACGGGGUUGAUCCUGCAGCGCAAGCAGCAGCCGAUUACCUUUCCAUGUUGGCUUUACAAAAAGGAAGCAAUGACAAUAUAUCAGUGAUGGUGGUGGAUCUUAAAGCUCAAAGAAGGUUUAAAACAAAAUCUUGAUUUUGUUGGUUGUUUUAUGAUGAUAAUAGUUUUUUUUUAUAGAACACAAAUGAAUCAUUUGGUUUCUUUCUCAUUGUUAGUCCAUUCAUUUUUCAUAUGGGCUUUGAAUGUGUGUAAUGAGGAUACUGUUAUAAUAUAGUUUGUAGAGACUGCUUACUAUCUCAUUGAUAUA